AUGGCGGGCGGGUGGCGGGACGUGGCCGGGGUGCGCAUCGCCCCGGCCGAAGUGUGCUUCAGGGACGCGGUGCCGGGGGGCUGCUACCGUGCCGCGCUCAGCGUCCAAAACCGGCGGUUGCAGUUUAAAUUGAUUGUGGAAAAUCCAGAAAAACCUGUUGCAUCUGGACUUCAAGUUACAGCUUUUGUGGAAUAUUAUCCUGAGAGUGAAGAGGAUCUUCAGGAUAGACUACUUCUUUUAAUAGAAGAUGACGUAGUUGAUAUCCCUCUGCUUGGAUUAAUUCCGUGCUGUUAUCUGGAAAUUGAGUCAGAGAUUAGUUUUGGUGCAGUGAUUGCAAACAAUAAAAUAAUUAGUAAAGAGAUUAGUAUUGCUAACCAUGGAUCAUCUUCAGGUACAUUUAAAAUAUCGUAUAGUGGGGUUGUCCUGCUUAACAUAGAACCUACCAGUGGCGUGGUAGAGCCACAAUCUGUAAAGACAUUUAAAGUGGACAUCUGCACAGAUGUACCCAGAAUCAUCAAAGAAGUGAUCAAAGUGGAGUUGGAAGGUCAUGGCUGCACUGAAGUACGGAUCAAAGCUGUUGUGGUUGAACAAGUUCUUAAAGUACUAGGAGUGUCUUGCGGAAAUGUCUUGGAAUGCAUUAACUUUGGACCAGUUUACUUUGGGUCUUCAAAAACUGAACAAAUAUCUUUAUACAAUGAAAGUCCUGAGUGUGUCGACUGGGUAGCAGUGCUGGAAGACAAUGCCAUUGGAGGAGAGAUGGGGACAGAUCUUCAGAGGAGCACAGAUGCUGUUUUACAAGACCUAAACCUCAAAAAUAGGACAAGAGAUGUAGAUGUUUCCACCUUGAUCUUGUGCAUUCCUAAUCAAGGAACCUUGCUGCCUUAUGAGAGUUCUUUGGUUACAUUGUGCUUUAGUCCAAAGUGAGUGAGUGUUAAUGACUUAUCACCGAAACAAGAUUAUGUGCUGUUUCUGAGGUUCGAAGCUGUUGGGAAUCAAGAUGGCUAUCUGCAGGCCCUCAAUGAUGGUGCCACAGCAAUCACAAGUAUUCAUCCUCAUAAUGUGGAGUUAGCUUUGACAGGUUCUGGGCUUCCUGUCAUGUUAACUUUUAAUCCGGGACCAGUUAUUAAGUUUACGGACUGUUUCUGCGGUGAACAAACACAAGUUCUGUGCACACUGAAAAAUGAGUCCAAGUCCCUUCCAGUAACAUUCAGCUUCCGCAAGACUGCUCACUUCAACAUUUCUCCUGAAAAAGGAAAAAUUAAAAAAAAUUCUACCAAGGAUGUGACGUUUACAUUUUCUCCACAUCAAAUAGGAACAUUUAAAGUGAAGCAAGUUGUCGACAUCAUUGGUACAGGACUAGAGAAAAAUAAUUUACAGAUUUCAAAGACAAAAUCUUUUCACCAAAUAGAUUUGAGCUUUAUUGGUGUGUGCAAAUCUAAACGAAAAAAGAUUCUAUUCAAAAUUAAUCCUGGUAUAACACCAAUGAUUUCCAAUGCAACUGGACAGUUUGUAGCUGAUGGCAUGGGACAGUGCACUGAUACGGCACCUGUGGCAAUACUUAAAUCAGCCCAAACAAAAAUUCAUACUCACAGGAUAAACAGGAAUUAUAAGGGUGAUUCACUUAUAGCUUUUCCUAAUGACCGCGCAGCCAGCAUUAGGCCUAGUGAAUGGAAUAAAAAGUACAGGACUAUUUUCACGAAGACUGAGAGAUAUAAUUAUAUAGAUCCAGAGUUUUCUUAUACUGACUGUGAACGACUGUCAAAAGAAGCAAAUAAGCAAUACUACUCAGACUUCAUUUCUAGUUUAAGACAGCGUCGUUUACAGAAAGAUGCUGCUAGGCAGUUUUAUAUGUAUAAUAAUUCUGUGAGCUUAGGCCUUAAACCAGCUGAAGGACUUAUGUCACCAAAGAUCUCAAUCACAGAUUUUCAGAAGGAGAAGCCACAGUUCAAAAUGCUUCCUUUAGAUGAGAAUUGCCUAUUAACUAGCCGAAAAUUGGCAGCAAUUGGUUCUAAAUCUCCAAUCGAAGAAAUUUGGGGUGGGCUUAGUGCUAUACCAUCUUCUACCCAAGAGAAGGAAGACUGUAGUCUAACUUUGACAUCCAAGCAGGUUCAUCAAAUACUCAUUGGUCCUUCUACUAUGGAUUUUGGUGAAGUAUGUGUGUAUUCUACAACAGCCAGAAAACUGCACAUCAUCAAUAACUUGUUAGUUCAUAUAUGGAUACAAAUUAUGGUUGAAAUUGAUGAAUUACGGCAGACGAGUCCCUUGUCUCAGGUGGUGCCUCCUCUUACAAAGACUCAUAUUCCAAUUGUAUUUGAGACAAACACUCUUGGAAUGUUUAAAAAAUCUUUCACUUACACGAUAAACAACCAACACCAUGGGCAAGUGCUGGUAGUUGCAAAUGCAGUAUCUGUUGAACUCGAGCUGUCUGCAAGGGAACUGAUUUUAAAACCUAUUCCUGGGUACCUAGCAGAGACAGAAUUUAGAGCAACUGUGAGGGUAUACAAUCCCAGAAACCAUCCUGCUAGCUUUGUGGAGGCCUAUAGAGAUCUGGAGUGUGAAAUUGUUUGGCAUCCAGGGUUCAACUCUCCAGAAGCAGGAGAAUUCAACUUGUGUGUCUGUAAAGGAAACACAAUUAAGUUGAAAUGUUUUGCGAAGCUUGGUACCACUAAAGUUCAGUUUAUGGAACAAAGGAUACCCUUCAGUCAUAGUCCAAUGGGUUUUACUACUUGUAAGACAGCCAUUCUUCAAAACAUAGGAUACAAUCAUGCAUACUUCCAAGUUCUUGAUUCAAACCCACUGCCUGGAAUGAUGAUCACCCCUUCUGAAGGGGUGAUACCUGUGGGAGGCCACGCUGAUCUCAACGUCUAUUUCACUCCAAGUGCAAAAAUGAGUUUUGAUACAAGAGUGGAGGUAGCGGUGCGAAAUUCAGGAGUAUUAGUGCUUAGGAUUGGUGGAUUCGUAGAGAUCCCUGAAAUAAACAUUAAUGUGGAACGAUUUGACUUUGGUGGUGUUUAUGUUGGUUCUACAAAAUCAAUUCCCUUUGUGCUGCAGAACAAUGGACAAGCGUGUACCAGAGUGGAGUUUGAUUUUUCUAAGUAUAAGGAUUUUAAAUUGAAUGCUAAUGACCAUUCAGUGGUUGACUACUGUUCUUCAAAGCCUUAUUUGUAUUCAGUUAACUUAAAGGGAAAGUCGACUUCACAAUGCUUGUUGUCCUUCAUGCCAAAAAAGGUGGCAGCAUAUGACUUCACUCUUCCAGUUAAUGCUCCUCGGGCUGACUUCACUUCGACACAGCCGAGCCCAGAAUCUGCAACUUCUGUUGGAUCUGCGAAGCACAUUGUUGCUCCUCGGCCACAGGCGGUGACUGUGGCUGUUCCAUUCUGUAGAGUUACAGCAGUUGUACUUAAAUCACCAUUGGAGUUCUCCUCAAUGGACUUUAAAUUUGCACAGCAUUCAAGUGGUAUGCAUUUCAAUAUUGCUGAUGAAAGUCUGAAUUCUCAG